ACGGACCUGGUCUAACUUGCAGACUCGUCUGUGAACAGGUUUAAUUCCGCUGACGCGUCUCCGGGAUUAAUUAGCGUAAUUACAGGAAUCAGUUCCCCAUGAUCCAGGUGUCGAUUCCGUCGCUGCAGCGGGAGGUGGAUGAGUCUGGGAAGUUGAGAAAGCUCUACAAGGUGGAGGUCUUAUACAAUGGAAGACAACAUUAUGUGUUGAGAAGCCACGGCAAAUUCCAGGACCUCCACAGGAAGCUCAGGAAGAUUGUGUCGACUCCGGACUUCCCCAGCAAGCGGAGCCCUCACCUGAGGAUCAAACCCGAGGAGCAGAGGAGACAGGACCUGGAGGACUACGUCCAGGAGGUCCUGGACCAGAAUGAGGAGGUGCCGCAGGUUCUGCUGGACUUCCUCCAUGUCAGACACUUCCACAGCAAGAUCAGCAGCCUGGAAUCGUUGGAUGAUUUGGAGAGUCAGAAUUACAGGUAUCAGUCACCACAUCAGCGCGUGAUGGGAUAUUUUGCAGACCCGUACAUCUCAGACGGGACGUCAGAUCUCCCAGACGUGGUGGUCGAUGGAGUUCUUCAGGGAUUUUACCCCAGAGACACCACAGUCCGCUUCACAGCCUGUACCAAACCCAGUCCUCCCAGUCUGACUGGACCUGCGCCGAACCCAGUCCUCCCAGUCUGACUGGACCUGCACCGAACCCAGCCCUCCCAGUCUGACUGGACCUGUAAUGAAACCAGUCCUCCCAGUCUGACUGGACCUGUAAUGAAACCAGUCCUCCCAAUCUGACUGGACCUGUAAUGAAACCAGUCCUCCCAGUCUAAGUGAAGCUGUACUGAACCCAGUCCCCCCAGUCUGACUGAGCCAUGCUGUCAAAUGUCCCAUAAUAUUUUUAAUUGAAAAGCCAUUACCCGAGAAUGUUGUUUCAUACGCCAUUGUUCACAUGUUUUUACCCAGAAUACUGUGUG